AAAAUCCAUACUGUAUUUAAUUUUUACGCACAAAGUGUCAGAUGUGGAAAUUCAUAAUUUUUUCGAAAUAAUACCUAAAUUUAACUAUUUCCUAUCAAAAUGUCUAAAUUAGAACAAGUUCUAAAGAUCGAACCUAGUAUUGAACUUUCAUUCAAAGGUCCAUUCACAGAGGUUGUCACGGCAGAUUUACGCCUCACAAAUCCUUCUGAUAAGAGAGUAUGUUUCAAAGUAAAGACAACAGCCCCAAAGCGAUACUGUGUUCGACCAAACAGUGGGGUUAUAGAACCUAAGCAGGACAUAACAGUGGCUGUGAUGUUGCAGCCUUUUGAAUAUGAUCCAAAUGAGAAAAACAAACACAAAUUUAUGGUACAGACGAUGUUUGCACCGGAUGGGAAGAUAGAAAACCAAGAACAAUUGUGGAAGGAGGUGUCACCAGAUAAGCUGAUGGACUCCAAACUGAAGUGUGUCCUUGACCCCACCGGCAACUCCGUGAACCAGACAGCUGUGGCCCCUGUUAAAGAAGAAAAGGUGAGGGCAGUGAAGCAGGAGGCUGUGAAAACUGAGCCGCCACAGACCCCAGGGGGUCAGGCUGGGGGUCAGUCAGGCUCCCCUGUAUCUCAAGUUCCUUCACAGAAAGUUGCUAGCCCUGGUGAGCCUGUGUCCCGCAAGCCAGAUGCUGAUGUUAAAAGUCUGCAGGAGGAAAUACAGAAACUUAGAGAUGAGAAUUCAGUCGUUAAAGAAAGUGAAGCAAGAUUGCGGAAAUUAGCAUACAAAGAAACCGUAUCAUCGACGCCUCACAAUUAUCAAGAUGCCCAGCAGUCCCCAUCGCCGAUGGCAACCUCUGCAUUUCCCCCAUAUGUAUACCUGAUUGCGUGUUUGAUCAUAGGCGUCCUGAUCGGCAAGAUCCUUCUGUAGCCCCUAAAUGCUGUCCUACGUUGUCUAUUUAUUGUCCUCCAAUCAAAAAGGUCCUCUGAUUUUUAACAUCUGUAAGAUCUAAUCAUGAUUAUAGUAUAAUGAACAAUUUCUGAACAUAGACUAGAAUUUAUACAUUUAUUUUAUUGAUGAUAAUUUUUAUCCCUAUCAUGUUGAAUUUAAUUCUAUAGUUCUCACCCCUUUCACAUAUUAUUAACAUUCAUGUUUUAUUAAUAUUUAAUAGGACCUUUUUGCUUGGUAAGCGAGUAUAACAUCAUUUAUACCGAGGUGUGAAUGGGGCCACUGCAGUUAUAAGGGGAAUUUUAUGUGCAAUGUCAAAGAUAAGAAAAUAUGUGAGCAUGCUUCAAGUGUGGAACAUUAAUAACCGUUUAUAUGUUUGAUUACAUUCUUGUAAUGGCAUUGGUUCACCAAGAACUGUUGAUUUUUAUGGCAUUUUUGACAUGUUGUGACAAAAAUGUAAUGUGGAUUUUUUACCCUUUUAGCCAUAGUUUGAUUUUUCCUGUUGGCCAAUGAUGCAAAACUUCAUUAGAUUUGUGAUUAAAAACAAAGCGUCGGAAGUUUUUCAGCAUUUGCCAAAAAAAUGUUCGUCAAAUUGUGUUUGAUAGUCCAUGAUGAAAUGUUGAUACUGGGUGUGUCUCCCACACGUCAUUGGUUAUACUGUCCGUUAAUUGGCACCACAGGACCUGACUUCACUGUCAAGAAACAAUAAUAUACUUGUUGCUUUACCGUAUCAUUUAUUUAACCAAUUUGUUGUGAACAUUAAGUGAAUCAUUAACUAUGGAUGUUUCUGUCUGAUAUUGUCAUAUUCACACUGAAAACAAUCUUUUUGUAAUAAAUCUCUUCAAUAGUGUAUUUAUUGAGCAUUUUUUACCUUUGCUACCACUUUUUUUAUAUCAACAUGAAUGUUGUGGAGCUUUUCAUUACUUUGAAGAUUAUUUUGGAAUACUAAAUGAAAAUGGCAUUGAAAGAUGCUUGUCAACAAGAAUUUCUAUGAAUAACAAAUUAUGUAUCAAACUUAAAAGAUUUUGGUCAGUGAAGCUUUUAAAGUGUACCAUAUAUAUUCAAGACAAUGUAUACACAGUUAGAAUCAACACAAUUUACAUUUUGCUGUGAUCUGGCCAAAAUGUCUUCAAUGUUUAGCAUAUUUUAAGGUCUUUGAUGUACAAAUGAUCUUGUCAUUUUCAGAAGCCAUUGGCAAUAAUGAUAAAUGUUGAUAUCCUGUGACCCCAUGAUAUUUUAAAACAAGUAUUGUUUGCUGGUUACUAAAAUAUAAAACAUAUGAUAUAAAUAACAUUAUAGAUAGAGUUAUUGGAGUUUCAAAUGAAAUGGGAUGUGAAAUGACCAAUUUUGCAAUCAUUAAAGGCCAAAACUCCUGUUUGUAUUAUAGUUUUCUGUAUAGUUUUACUUUUACUUGCUCUACAUAUUAAAUCCUAUCAAAUAAUAUGAAAAUAGUAAGGGGUCACCAGGCAUAAACAAAUUCACAUCAUUGUAUACUUGAUACCUUAAAUGAACACAAGAAAUUGCAAGAAUUAAACAAUAAAAGCAUAAAGGGCACCUGUAUUUUAUUAUCUGGAAGAUACAUGACUGCUGAGGGACACAGCGUAUUAGAUUGCUAGAAAUCAUUUAUCUUCAGCCAUUUUAUGAUAACAAAUCAUGUUAUAACAAUUAUAGGCUUUAUUCUUUAUGUAGUCUUCAUUAUGACUUUUACUCUUGCACUUUCUAUCUUUCAAGCACUAAGCACCUAAAGCUCUACUAGGAAAUAAAUAUUUACAAGAACGUUAUUCUGUACAUAUAUUUUAUCAUUUUUGUCAUUAAUAAUUGAUACUGGUUUCCAUGCAUGUGUUGACGUUUGAUUGAAGAUUAGAGACCGUGAUUGAAGAUUAGAGACCGUGAUUGAAGAUUAGAGACCGUGAUUGAAGAUUAGAGACCUACUGAAUUUGAACUGUUAAUAGUAUGUCAUAAAGGGAUACCAGACAUUGCAGAGUAAACGACAUAUAUCAUAUAUGGUCCUACAAUAGUCUCUGCUUCAAUAUGACUUCUUCUUUCUGUUAAGAACUAUAUUGAAAUACACGUUAUUGUAGGAUUUAUUGCCUUUUUGGUAUGUUCAUACUGUUUGAAUGCUGGAAGGCACAUGGGCAAAUUCCAUGAUGUGCCGUCUAUAAUACUAGCUUCUGUAAAAGUUUGUAAGAAUGCCCUCCCCAGUGUUCAAACAGCAUUGACACAAGAACAAAUAUGUUUGAUCAUUAUAUUUACAUUUUCAUAAUUAAACCAUUUACAAUAAGUAAUAACUGCCACCGAGUCUUUAUUGUUAAAGAAAGGUUAUCAAAAACAUACAUUAGUAUAAAAGAAUAGCCAAUAUUUGUAACGCCUUAUAUCAUUGGUUAGAUGAAAUUGUACUAAUCCAAUCAAAGAGCAAUAUUGAAAUAAACAAUCAUGUCUUAACCCCUUGCCAUAUGAAUGUCAAGUUUUCUCUAUACAAAGGACUAGGCAAAUGUAAAUAUUUGAUAUUUGAGACUUUAAUAAUUGCUGCUAGGUUUCAUCUUGAUACCAACGUAUAAUCUUUGUGGUGCAUUAAUAGAUCAUUUACACUACAUUGAUUUUGUAUAUUACAAACCUAUGUUAAUGUAUCUGUACAUUUUUGUUCAUGUUUUUAUGGUGCAGCCAAUGUGUGUAAUUAUUCUUUCUUAAGCUGUAAGAUUAGUUUGUUGUUUUAUAACGAUGGAAAACUCCCCACUUGACUGCAAUAAACACAUUUAUGUUUCAA